AUGGCCUAUACUGCCAAAACUGCAGAUUCAAGUGCCCUGUUGGCACAUGAAAAGCGCAACAUUGCCUAUCCAAGAAGUGGGCCGUCUAAUAAGAACAACACCACCGGCGUUCAAGAAGAUAGGCCUGGCCCCACUGUACCUGUAAAGCCUGAUUCUACCAGCAAUAACAGCCAAGGGCAAACCAACAAAUCUACCCCCGUCACUUCUACUCUCCUACAAGCUGCUAAAAGCACUAUCAAGUAUCCAAGAGGAGAGACAAACAGAACUGCCAACACAAUAAUGGCGACUCUACCACCUACAAUCAAUCCUGUUGAUUCCAAUAGUGGCUUGGCUGUGGCCAAUUUGGUAGUGACAGAUGAUACGACCCCUCAGGAUCUGCCACAGGCUCAAGAUUACAGUCCAGACAAAAACAACCAAUACAUAGAAGAAAGGAUGAAGCAAUUCAAAACCAAGGUCUUCUUGGGAGUCAUUGUCUUGUUGGCCAUCACUAUCAUUUUGGUAGCCACCCUGAUUCCUCAACGUCAAGGGGAUAAUGCAGAUCUUGUCCCAACAACCACACCGCCCAGCAGUAACCCAUCUCAGGGACCAACAUCUGAUUCGGAAUACUGGCUGUCGCUUUUCCCUGAAUCAACAGUCUCUGCAAUUCAGGAGGAUCCAUAA